AUGAUAGCGCCAUGUUCCCCUAUUCCAGUCAACCUAGCUCUGGCAGUGUCCGCCCCGGGUGAUCCGGAGGCAGGUGAGCGGCCUUCCAGUCGGAUGAAUUAUCCGAUACGCCAGGAUAGAAGGAAUCUAUACCAGACUCAUCUACAUUGCGAUUCGCGGUACCCGCUGCCGACGCAGCGGAUGUACCUGUCGCACGUGGAGACUCACCACACGGACAAGUCGCAACAGGCACUGCCUGUUGCUCACUUACAACAGCAGGCGAAUGACCACAUGCUGCUGAGGCUCGAGAACUACUUUCUUCGGCUGCACGCAUGCGUGCAACCGCCUUCCUAG